UCCGAUGUGUUGUCUGCUGUUUGUCAGUUUUCAACUCCGGUGCCAUAUUUUCGCGUCGCAAUUUCGUCCCCAUGAAUAUUUUUCAUUAAAUUUCAUCAAACUUUUUCACAAAACAAAACUUCUCGAAAUUCUAUCAAAUUUCUGAAGAAUACCUUCAUCAUGUCUGUGCUUCCACCAGAUCCGGUCUUUGUCCUCCGUCACUCUGACAUGGACUCAAUCAACUCACUGGCCUUUUACAAAGACGAAAAACUAUUUGCCGGAACUCUCAAAGGAACUGUCCAACUUUGGGACUUACAGACAAAUCGUUGUAGUUCAAGUUUCGAAGUGGGAAGUGAUCCCAUUACUGCUUUGCAUCACACCGAUUCGCAUCUGAUUACUCAAGAAAAAGGUGGCACCCUCAAAUAUUGGUUGAAAACCAACUCUUCUUAUGUUCUCGAGAAGACCACAGAAACGAAUCACAUUGCAUUCUGUCGCACUGAUUACUCAAAUGAUGAUGAGACACUCGUGUUUCCCCAAAACGACAAUAGCAUCGGUGUGCUCCACACCAAAGAUUGGCAGACAAGAACUCUGCUUGUGCCAGACAAAUGUCUCAAUCUGGGCCAACUCUCUUGUUUGAAGAAAUUCAGUCUGAGAGGACAAGACAUGGUACUGGCUGGCUAUGAAUCUGGCGACUUUCUCAGUUGGGAUUUGCGUUCAGAGAAGCCCAUUAACGAAAUCCACUUUAAUGUGGGCGCUGCGACCAGUGUGGACUUCGAUGGGCUAUCCAAUAGAGGUGUUGUUGGGGGCACCGAAGAUAGACUCUUUGCUGUAACAUUCCAAACGAAGGCCAUGGAGCUAAGUAAAGUACAAGAGAUUCCGAUAAGAAAUCCAGGAAUAAAUUGUGUACGUAUUCGGAGUGAUAGAAAGAUAUUCACUACUGCUGGAUGGGAUGGGAGGAUUAGGAUUUUCUCUUAUAAGAGUCUGAGGCCGUUGGCCGUCUUGACUGAGCACAAGUCGGGUGGCAUCAUGGAUAUCGCUUAUUCAAAUGAUGUAAUUUAUUACUGGAAUAGUCCUAUUAUGGCCGCAGCUGGGAUGGAUGGUAAAAUUUCUCUAUGGAGCUUAUACAAUUAAAAGUGAUGAUAUAUUAACCUGACUAACUUGGGUUGAGGAACGUACCUCACUCAAUAUUCCUUAUAUUUGAUUUGAUCUUUUUUUUAAUUUUUAAAUUUUUAUUUCAAAAGAAAGCAAAGUAUAAAAUUGUUUACACACAUCAUCGACGAUGAUAAAAUCCAAUAAAGGAUAGUCAUUAAAAUAAAUUUAAGUUUCGAUUGAUUGGAA